AUGGCUCUCCAGGAAGUGUGUGAGUGGCGGGCUCCUGACACCCAGGCGCUGCUGCCUCACCUGCCGCGGACUGGCAGCUGGGCUGUGCCUAGGGGCUGCGAUCCCCAAACCUUCCUGCAGACCCACGGCCCACAGCUGGCCCACGGCACCACCACCCUGGCCUUCCGCUUCCGCCACGGGGUCAUCGCCGCGGCUGACACGCGUUCUUCCUGUGGCAGCUAUGUGGCCUGCCCAGCCUCGCGCAAGAUCAUCCCCGUGCACCAGCACCUGCUGGGCACUACCUCGGGCACCUCUGCGGACUGCGUCACGUGGUACCGGGUGCUACAGAGGGAGCUGCGGCUGCGGGCCCUGAGGGAGGGCCAACUGCCCAGUGUGGCCGGCGCGGCCAAGCUCUUGUCGGUCAUGCUGUCCCGCUACCGGGGGCUGGAUCUGUGCGUGGCCACCGCCCUGUGUGGCUGGGACCGCUCUGGCCCUGCCCUCUUCUACGUCUACAGCGAUGGCACGCGGCUGCAGGGCGACAUCUUCUCGGUAGGCUCGGGGUCUCCCUAUGCCUACGGUGUGCUAGACCGUGGCUACCAUUAUGACAUGGGCAUCCAGGAGGCCUACGCCCUGGCUCGCUGUGCCGUGGCCCACGCCACCCACCGCGAUGCCUACUCCGGGGGUUCUGUCGACCUUUUCCACGUGCGGGAGAGUGGAUGGGAGUAUGUAUCACGCAGUGAUACCUGCGUGCUGUAUACGCAGCUGCAAAAACUCCCAGAGCCAGAGCCUGAGGAGGAGGAGGAGGAAGAGGAGGCCGGCCAGGCCCACCCUGAGCCUGCCACUCCCCACAGAGCUGGGGGAGGUAGGGGACUCUCUGUGGGGCCAGGGGAGGCGACACCAGGAGACUUCGGGAUGCCAGCAGAGACUGAGAGGCUGUGAGAAGCGGCAGCACUUGGGGCGACUGAGGCCUGGGGCAGCAGGGGCAGGGCCCCUCCAAGAAGAGGCCCCCAGCA